GCGCACGCGCACGACACAAUGGAGCCCGCGCACGCGCAGUGAGCUACUGAGGGCUCGGCUCUUCUGUCAGACUCUUCCGGCGACCAACGGCCAGCCCAGCAGCUCUUGAGUUAUGAAGACAUCUGCAUUUUGAGACACAGCUCCGAAAUGGAGGAGACAGACCGGGAGGCGGUUGCGACGGCCGUGCAGAGGGUGGCCGGGAUGCUCCAGCGGCCGGACCAGCUGGAUAAAGUUGAACAGUACCGUCGGAGGGAAGCGCGCAAGAAAGCUUCCGUGGAAGCCAGACUGAAAGCAGCAAUCCAGUCGCAGCUGGAUGGAGUCCGAACUGGUUUGAGCCAACUACACAAUGCCCUGAGCGACGUCAAGGAUAUCCAGCGUUCUUUGGUCGAUGUGAAUAAAGAUUGGCGGCAGAGUAUCAGCACCAUCGAAAACCUGAAGGAUGUUAAGGAUGCCGUCGUGCAGCACAGCCAACUUGCAGCUGCUGUAGAAAACCUAAAAAACAUCUUCUCAGUGCCAGAAAUAGUUCGGGAGACCCAGGACUUGAUUGAUCAGGGGCAAUUGCUGCAAGCCCAUCGGAAGCUGAUGGACUUGGAGCGCUCGCGAGAUGACCUCAUGUACGAGCAGUACCGCAUGGACAGCAAGAACACCCGUGACAUGAAUCUCAUCGACAGCUAUUUUGGAGACAUGCAGAAACUCUCCGAAGAGCUGGCCAAGCAACUUUGGAUGGUCAUCCAGCGGGCUUUAGUCACGGUCCGCCGAGAUCCCACCUUGCUGGUUUCAGUUGUCAGAAUAAUUGACAGGGAAGAGAAAAUAGACAGGCGAAUGCUAGAUCGGAAAAAGCAGACUGGGUUCAUCCCACCGGGCAGACCUAAAGAAUGGAAGGCGAAACUGUUUAGUGUAUUGGACCGGACUGUCACUACUAGGAUCGAAGGCACGCAAGCAGACACGCGGGAAUCUGACAAGAUGUGGCUCGUCCGUCAUCUGGAGAUCAUCCGCAAAUAUGUCCUCGAUGACUUGCUGGUGGCGAAAAAUCUUCUGGACCAGUGUUUUCCACCGCAUUAUGAGAUUUUCAAAAAUUUGCUGAGCAUGUAUCAUCAAGCGUUAUCCACUCGCAUGCAGGAUCUGGCUUCUGAAGAUCUGGAAGCAAAUGAAAUUGUUAGCCUUUUAACAUGGGUCUUAAAUACUUAUAAAAGUGAAGAGAUGAUGGGCAAUCCAGAACUGGCCCCAGAAGUGGACGUCAAUGCCCUGAAGCCUCUGCUUUCUCAAGAUGUGGUGGAUGAUCUCCUUAACACGUACAUGUCGACUCUAACAACCAACAUCAUUGGGUGGCUACGAAAAGCCCUGGAGACGGACAAAAAAGACUGGCUGAAGGAAACUGAACCGGAAGCGGAUCAAGAUGGUUACUAUCAAACAACGCUCCCUGCUAUUGUAUUCCAGAUGUUUGAACAGAAUCUUCAGGUGGCUACCCAGAUAAGCGAGGAUUUGAAAAUAAAAGUGCUACAUUUGUGCCUUCAACAAAUGAGUUCAUUCCUCAUCAGGUACAAAGAAGAAGCACAUUUGUAUAAAGAAGAACACCUAAGAAAUCGCCAGUAUCAUCCAUGCUAUGUUCAUUACAUGGUUGCCAUCAUUAACAAUUGUCAAACUUUCAAGGAAUCCAUUGUCAGCCUGAAAAAGAAAUACUUGACUCCUAUGAUGGAAGAUAUAAUGGCAAGCAGCCACGCGUGUAUCUAUGCCGUGUUAGACGAUGUUGCCAAGGAGGGCUGUUCGAGCCUACUAGAGGAAGUGUUCAUGGAUUUAGAGCCACAUCUAAAUGAGUUGAUGACAAGGAAGUGGCUGGCAGGAUCCAAUGCAGUGGACCCUAAUUUCGUGAGCAUCGUAGAAAGUUAUUUCCGUGACUUUAAGUGCAUAAAGCAGUUCUUUUAUCAGAAAAUGACCCUUGAGUGCCAUCGUAGAGUUGUUGUGGAGUAUAUCAAGGCUAUUAUGUCUAAGCGCAUAACUUUCAAGAAUGCAGAAGAAAGAAGAGAAGGUGCUGAUAGAAUGAACCGAGAAGCUGAGCAAUUCAGAUUUCUGUUUAAGAAGCUUGCUGCUGGCUCUGGAGAGGACACGGAAGGACUUUGUAGCGUGAUUGAAGGCAUUGCAGAGGUCUUUAAGUUAACUGAUCCUUCACUUCUUUACUUAGAGGUUUCAACAUUAGUUAGCAAACAUCCAGAUAUCAGGGAUGAGCAUAUUGCAGCUUUGCUGACAAUGAGAGGCGAUGCCAGCAGAGAGAUGAAGCAGACCAUCAUUGAAACUCUGGAUAAAGGCCCGAGCCAGCCAAGUCCAAACUAUGUGCCAAUUUUUAAAGACAUUACUGUUCCAACACUAACGGUGCAAAAGCUUCUUAAAUAACUGCAAUGGAUUUUAAUGGAAUACCAAUUUGGACAGGGUGUUGCUAUCGUAAAAUCAUGCGUAGCCUAAUUUGGCCCAUGCGCUUUAAAACACAGGAAUUUCUUACUAGUUUUUCCUUUUUUUCUGUUCGAACUUAGCAGUCACAGCCAGGUUCAGAGAUUGCUGCAUUGGCCGUUUGAAGAAUAAGAUAUAUUCUGAGGGCCAGCCCACUUUCGACAGGCAUCUCAUGUUAAUGGGCAUUUUUCCCAUUAGCAAUAGACUUUCUCUCACAUGUAUUUAUCCUGAAUUUUGUGUAUGUAACUGGGUGCAUCAUUGUGUUUUAGAAAACUGAAUUAGAAAAUAUUUAUGUAGACAGCAUGGAUGAAUUUGUUACUAGGUUGGGUGGAGGGGACCCAGCUUGAAACUUCUAAGGUACACCGAUGAUUUGGGGCUCCCCCCUCUCCAAAGGACUUUCACUUGCCUUGAAGAAGAAAUUGUGUGUAAGAGGUUGCCAAAUAAAUACAUGAUGACACACUGA